CAAGACUUCGCGAAGGAAGAGUUGAACAUGCCAGUUGAAAGUAACAUAAGCCUGGAAACUGCACUUAGAAUUUCAGAUGCCAUAAGUGACACUCCUGAACCACAAAAUCUAGAUUUUAAUAUGAACCAAAAUUGUGAAAGAAAGGUGCUAUCUCAAGUGCAAGAAAAUAAUGCAAAUGACGUCGACAAGGAAUGUCAUAAAAGCAGGAUAUCAAAUGACGAUGUCCCUUUAAGAACGGAACAAGACAAAGAGAGAAUGAAACUAAAGCGCCAGUCUCUUUUAAACAGAAAAAUAAGUCACUUUGGCGGACUUCCACCUAUAGUUCUCACAUAUGCACCGUUAAGUAAGAAAGCGACUGUAGGAAAUAUUUUACAUCCAAAAUCGCCGAAAAAUGGCAUUGCUGUACCUAAUCCCACAUUAAAACCAAGCCCUAAAAAUGGUAUUGUAGCUGCAACUGCCGGUGUACCAGCGACUGAAGGGAAUAAUGGAAGUAACCUUUCAACUGUCCAAGCGUCAGAUGCAAAAGAGAAUAAACAAUCUAUCCGUCGCAUUAGUCUAAGAUCAUCGAAUAAGAUAACAAAUAAAAUAGCGGCACCGGUUAAACAGUCCCAAACCCCUCUUAAGAAAAAAAUAGUGAAACUACAAGUAACCGAUAAUGUAAUUAAGCACGGUAAUACGACUAUUACUAAGAUAAAAAAUAAAGACUGCAUUAAAAUUGCAAAACGUACUUCAAAUAGAAAACUCAAUAACAAUAAAGCAAAUAAAUCUCAACCUAUGAGUCCAGUAAAAAUACAACAAAAUGUUGCUGAGAGUAACGAACUAAUUGAUUUUGAAGAAGAGCUAAAUAGUUCUAAAAUAUUAAAGACCUCCAUCGCCACGAUUGAGACUCACGAUCUAGAAAAUACUUCGACACAAGAACUGGGAACAAAUACUCUAGUAAUAGAAAAAGGUAAACAAUCCGAAAGGUGUAUUUUCAACAAGAUUGAAGAAAAGGAAAUGACCAAAACUUCUGACGCUGUCGGAGUUUUUGUAGACGAAGGAAAUAAGCUAAAGCCAACUGCAAUCGAAGAAAACACGAAACAAGUUUCAGUAAUGAAAAAUGAACACGAAACUGCUUCAGUUGCUUCAUCGCCUUUGCUUGACGAAACGAAUAAAAUUAAGUCCACUAUAGUUGAUGACGAAAGAGAUGUCAAACAAAAAUUGGCAGUCAAUUUACCACUUGUUGAUCAAAAAGAGGUUAAAAAUUCUGAAACAGCAGAAACUUCUGUUCAAAGUUGUGGCACGGAUUCUAUAGAUGUCAAUAAAGAUGACAUAAAAAGUGAUAAGUCACAAAUUGUACCAAACAAAGUGAUCGAAUCGGAUCAAUCGGAUGCAACCGCAGCUCUCCAUUCUAACAGAAAAAUAAUUGUAUUAAAAGAAGGCACUACAAUACAGGAAAAUACCGAAAAUAAAAUAACUAUUGAAACUGGCGCAAAAAAACCGGUACAAAUAGCAUCCUUAGAGUGCCCUGAAGAAAAUGUUAAUCCUGUGUCAGAGGUAGAAGACGAUAUUGUGGAAAUUAUCGAAACAUCAUCAGCAGCAGCUAAUACGCAAACAAAAAUUGUGCAUUCAAAUAAUCUGCCUGAUAAAACCUCGAUUAAAGAACAACAGGAAACGAUUGAUACAAGUAAGUCUAUUUCAUCCAAGGAAAUCGUUAAUGAUGUUCAUAACGACAAAAGUAUACAUCAGAAGAUAACCACUGAAAAGGUGGACUUACCCAAACUUCUGGAUCGGCAAUUAUCAAACCAGAAACAAACAAAUACCAAACCAGAAAUGCAAAAUAAAAGUCUUGAAGGCGACGAAAAGCCCCAAGUGCAAACAACCACUAAUGCAUUGACAAACAGCUCCAGUCAUACAGAUGUCACUGACACGAAAAAUAAAGAAAACAGCAAAACAUACAUGAAAGGGGAUAUCAAAAUUAAAGAAAUUACUUUAGACGAUCCGACUAAAACGGCAGUACGUAUUUUUCUUCCUAAUGGCAAAGUAUUCAAAGCUACGAUUUCUGGUAAAGUACACGGUGACCUCGACUCUUUAUUCGCUGAACCCAGCAUGCGAGCAAUCCUAUCGAGCAGCCUUAAUAACGACGGAAGUCGAUAUACCAUAAAUUAUAAACAGGUGCAAGUGAAAACCAAUCCCAGUAAACCAAUUUAUAAAAUUCAUGAUUUACAAAUUAAAGGGACACACUCUGCUCCUAUUGACACUGUAAAUUUAAUCAGUGAUGACGAAGACGACGUUCCGACUCGCAGUUUUAACACUGAAUUUGGCAAAUAUGUCACAAAUCAUGACCAAGAAACAAUAGAUAUACACCAGAAAAAGUUUGACCAAAGAUGUGAAGUGAAAAUGCUUAAAGGUGACUUAUUUAAAAGCAAUAGAACGAAGUCUAAAUCAAAAUCAAUGCCGUCUGAAAAGAAUUCGUUGCUGACUAGACAUCAGAGUAAACUGCUAUCUGUUGUGACAAGUACAAUUACUAAAGAAGAAACUGAUUCCAACUCUGAUACAUUAAGCCAAGCGCAAACCUCACCUACGCCUCCUUUAUUGGAACAGAGUGAACCUCCUACUGUCUCAGAAACGCCUGAUGUCAUCGAACUUGACGAUUCCUCUAAUGACAGCUUCGAAAACCAAUCACUAGACACUAAUGCUGUCUCUAAUAAAAACAUAGAGCCUGUGAAAGUCAACGCCCUGGCGAAUUUAUUGUUACAGGAUUUGGGUUUAGAACAAGACGAAGUUGUUAAACUCCCGUCUCCUGUUAAAAGCGGAGCCGCUGUUGUGAAUUUGAAGAGCGCAUUACUACAAGACCUUGGCAUAGCUCCGACGGUAACUCCCGUAAUUGACAUAACUGAAAAUGAUGAUGAUGAUGAAGUACUUCUACUAACUGACGUUCAAAAAGCUAAUACAAAUCAUGACGAGAAGAAUUCUCAUGUGACUACCGAAGAAAAUAAGACUAGAAACGUGGAACAAUCUAAUCUUAAAAAAUGUGUUGUGAAACUGAUGAAAUGCGAAACACUGAUAAAGAAAUAUGAACUUAUGAGAAAAAUGAAGAAUUGCUAUGUAAAAAUGGAGCGCCUCGAAAAUAUGCUUCUUCCAUCUGCUAGCGUUUGUAAAUUGAGUGAUAGACAAACAGAUGAAAUGAACCAAAACAUGGCUGAAGAUUUUAUCGCUUUUGAUGUUGAUGAACCAUGUAGUACACCACAGUUGUCACGUUGUCCUUCAUUAUCAAUUUUAAAUAAUUGGGAUGAUGACAGUCAACCUUCUCUUGAAAAUCCUUACUGCACUUCACCGGUUAUGGAGAUUUACGAUAUGUUAGUACAGUUGCGUAAUAAACUAAAAACAAACUUGCUCAGAGAAUCUAUAGAACUGCUACCAAUGACUUGUGAUUCUGAAUGGAAUAUGACAAAAUUUCAAUGCAGCACUCAACAAAUUAUAUUAUCAUCAUCCAAUAUACCAGUAACAGAAAACCAAAUCCUACUUCCCACUUGUGAUAGGACUGUGACCGCAGAAAAACUUAUGACAUUUGAAACACCCAAACUAUUAACGAUAACGCUGAAAUUCUUAGAAGACACUCCCAAUUUACUAUGUUGCUGGGAAUCUGCGCGAAGGAGGGAAUUAAUAUCAAAAGACAAAUCCUCGCCAAAUAAAUUAAAAAGAAAGGCUGAAGAAGUCGUAAGUGAUGUCGUUGCCAGUAAAGUAUUAAAAUUAAAGAUACUUGCACUAAAAACUCUUAACUCCCAUAUUAAAACCCCUAGUAUUCUCAUAGAGGAUCAACACAUGGCGCUCCAGCCAGAUAUCUUUGAAGCUUCCUGCAAAUACAACACUGUGACUAUCGGCAAUUUAGAAGACGGUAAGCAAGCUAAAGUACAAAGCCUGAAAAAUCGUGUACAAACUAAGGUGAUCGUUGAUUCUGUAAUGAGUCCAACCGAUAUUGAAACUCAAACUAUAUUCAAGAAAGAAAAUCACCAUCCUAGUAAUAUUUUGGACAAUAUAGAAACACUGCAUAAACAAUCGGAUACAGUAAUAAUAGAUGGCGUAACUUCGCACUUCAGAGAGGUAAACAGUCAUGUCGCAUGCAGGACUAGUGGUUUUGACACUUUCGACAACGAUUUUUUAGUAGACGACCGUGAAGUAACAUCCCCUUCACUGCUUUGCGAUUAUACUGAAAAUUUUGUGAAAGAAAACGAAAACAAUAAAAAUUUACUUGACGAAGACGACAUUCAAGAACUUACAUCUUCGUCAUCGCUUAGCGGCAUUACUGGUGGAUGUGAUAAAGAAAAACAAAUUAAUGCAGAUGCGGAUAGUGAACAGACCUCAAACAAUUUACCUACGCAUGCGAAGAGUGACAAUUCUUCCUCAUGUGUAACAAUAGCCGGUGACAACGACCAACUAAACCAUCCAUCUUAUAGUAAGAACAUUGAAACCAGCGAUGAAAAGAAAGACAUCCUAGAGGUAACGUUACCAUCACCGACCGAUAAUAAUGAAGUUGACAAAGAACAUAACGAGCACUCGAAGGAUGUUGAACAUUUCGUCGCAUCUUCUAAAGAAACUCAAGGUUUAGACAGAAAUAUCACAGAGGAUAAACAUCGAACAAUCUCUCCACGGCCACGUGAAGAUAAUUCUGAAGAUGGCAAUCAGAAUGAAGGUAAUACCUUCACGGAUUCUAUAAAGGAAAAGCAAGACGUAACAUCAUCGUCGUUCACCGAUAAUAAUGAAUUUGACAAAGAAAAUGACACUGGUAUUAGUAUCAAUAAAGAGAAGACCGAAAAUUAUGUAUCCCAAUCGAAGGAGGUCGAAUUAUCCACAUCAUCUAGCGAAAUUGACUGCUUAGACAGAGAUACUAAAGAAAAAGAACAUAUGUCUGCAUUCCUACACAAGGAUGGUCCUGAAGAGUGCAAAGAGAAAUUAAUGGAUACUAGUGUUAUCGAUAUAGAGGUCAACAAAGAAGUAGUUUCGUUGCUUGCUGAUUAUGAUAAAUCGGGCAAAGAAAAAGAUGACAAUAACGAAGAGGCAGUAAAAGAUGUAUCACAAUCCGAGUUAGAAUACUCAGUGGCAUCAUCUACAGUAACUGAUAAUUUGGGUAAAGAUGUUACAGAGGCUAACCAACAGUCAACCUAUCCACUGCCAAGAAACGAUGAUUCUGAAGAUGGCAAAGAGAAACAAAUAGAUAUUAACCCGAUUAAUGAAGAAACUACAAAUAAGAUAUUACAACUGCAGGAUGUUGAAAGUUUCGACUUGAAUGACGCUGAGAACCAUCAAAAAGAAUUUUCUCCGUCGCCGCUUAGCAAUAUUAGUCAAAUUAGCGACAAAGAUGAAGGAAACCUAUCUCCAUUAAAGGAGAUAGAAAGUUCUACCUCAUUAACCAACAAAAAUGAUUUCGACCAAGAUAUAACCGAUAAUAAUCUAGUAGAUUUGUCUCCGCCACCGCUUAGCGAUAAUACUGAAACUGACGAUGAAAAGAAUGAAAUGUGCUUAAUUAAUAGCGAAAGAUUUUCGAAGGCGUCAGAAAAUCCUAUAGCAAACUCACAACACGAAACUGACUACUCCAAUAACGACAAUAUACAGGACAUCCCAGUUGUAACUGCGUCACCGCCACUUAACGAACGGAUAAUUACAGACCCCGGUGAAGCUGCCACCGACAAAGACGCUACGGAGGAUAGAAAAUCAUUGAAAUCUCCAAUAUCGCGCAAAGAGCAUAUUGAAACAAUAGAAAAUCAAUUAAGUGAAAUUGCUGGUGGCCAAGAUUUAACUACUGACACUUUGCAUGUGGAAGAAAUAGAAGACAGUGUUGGGUUGGAUGAAGAUUCCGUUGACGAGAUAACCACUGAAGUUUGUGAAGUUGUGGUUAUUGCUACAGACGUUUACGAUGACGAUAUUGCUGAAACGUUGAUUAACACCAGCAAAGAAAUGAACCUAAUGGUUAAAGAUGUUUCGGGAAUAAAUCGCGAUUCGGAGUUAAAAUCACCAGACUUUAUAGAUAACAAGACAAUUGCUUUUAACUACCAUGAUUACACUAAGAGGUCCAAGAAUAAACAAGACAUUACUACAGGAACUUCAAUAUGUAACCAUAUUAGUGACCCCACAAGAGAUAAUGUUUCUGUAAGUGAUUUGAAAACCGAAAGCAUAACUUUAAACGAGCGGUAUAUACAUCACGAGCCAUCUUCCGAAAUACCUACUAUCAGAGAUUGUUAUCAUAAAUCAAAGCCGGAAUUAAAAUAUGAACUAAUACAAGAGGAUGAUUUCUUAACUGUAAAAAUCACAACUGAAAAUGACGAAGAUAAUAAAACAAAAGCUAUCAUAAGUCCCAAAGAUAUUGAAGAAGACACCGUUGUUGCGUCGCCUUGCUCUAAUAAUACUGAUGAUAUGAAUCUCAAAGGUUUUGAGCUUGAAGACGUAUACAUAUUUCCACUGAGCCAAGCAGGAAGUAAUAAUAGCAACUUAUCUAGCGACAGCAUUGUUCAAGAAUUACACAGUGAAAGCGUAACCGGCAACUUACCAGAUGACCUACACGAUAUAGAAUUUCACGUUAAAGAACCUGAAAUGACUUAUUCCCGAAAACGUAAAAUGGACAUGAGAGACGUAAAGAUUGCGGAAAAGAAAUACAGAAAAGGUAAAAAUAUUGACUGUUCAAAACAAACACAAAUCAGCAUGAUCGAAUUAGCCUACAGCAAAGAAUAUAAGAGACUAUUAGAAUAUUGUUCGUCAGUGAAAUUUUCAUAUACGCGGCCUUUUCAUAAAGAAUGUAUUGAAAUUGAAAAUCUAAUGGUCAAUUGGCCCAUAAAUAGUGUUUGUCACGAUGUCACUCCAGCGGACGUUGCCGAUGAACGAUUAUUUGUUGAUUUAGAAGUCUAUGAUAGUUAUCAACCGGAUCCCGCUACGCAGACAUUUGUUGAAGAAAUCAGUUACGAGUAUAAUAGAAAUGAUGCCGCCCGAGAAGGUCCAACAAUUGAGGCUAGUGAAACCAAUUUCAAUAUGGGUUUUGGUGAGGGGUCCGGCAGAGUCAUCCAAAUUUUGAAUACACAAAGCAAAUCAAAUAUUUCGGCUGCGACUCUGCCGGACGUAAAGCAAUCUCAGCCGGUUUUUAAGUCCGUAAACUCCGACGACUGCAACGAUGUAACAACGAACAACGACGAUCAAAUAAAGAAGAUAAGACAACAUGUAAAUUUCAUCGAACUGCGGGAUAAGGUUAGGCAAUUUUUCAAGAAAUCAAUCGUUGAAUUGAAGUCUGAUUGGGUGCAUCAGAACACAAAAGAUGAACUUCAUCCAGAAGAUUUCCCUUUUGGUCUUUGUAGCUUAGACUAUGUAAAACCAGUCCCAACAAACGUCAUAGUUCAAGUGGUUCAAGUAGGCCAGCUUCCCGUGAGUGCAGCUGCUCAAAAUCCAGUAACUUGUGACCCGCGAGUGACACAGGUGUCGGACGCCAGUCCAUCCCAGUGUUCGGUGGACAAUAGCCCCAACGAUGACUCUCAAUCUGAAAUAAAAACCGAAUAUACAGAAUUAACUACUGCCGAUUUGUCAUUACCUCUCCAACAAUAUGCGCAACAAAAUCAAGCUAAUCUCGCAUCUCAAGAUAACAAUGUUGAGCUUAUUGAACAAACUAUUUCUCUUGAAAUGGAAAUAAAAGCAGAAGAAAGCCCCGAAAUAAAACAAGAGCUGCCCGACAUUAAAGAGGAGAAAAGUAACUCUUCUGAUACAGAGUUGCAUACUCUAAACAAUGCAACGCCUGAAAAUAUGGAUUACUCGUUCGAAAAUAAUACAGCCAAGUCUGAUGCCAGCAAUGUAAAUUAUGACUCUUCUGAGAAAAAGAGUUCUGAAACGUUUUCUCAGCAGCGUCAGCAAAAUGGAAACUCUGAGAAGACUGAUCAAAUCGCGCAUGCGAUGAGUGCUGCUGGCAUCACUACAACACCAGAAACUGUAACUAACACUAGAGCUCACGCUUUAGUAAAUAUCCUGUCUCAGAAGAUACGGCAAGGCUCAGUAAACACCACGCAAACUACCACAAAUACGUACUCGAAGACAUCAAUUAACGCAAUGGCUCUGCAACAAGCCUUAGCCCAAAUUUUGCCCCCGCCGCUGAAUCAGACUGGAUCCAGUGAAAACAACCAAACACAGUCGACCCCUGUUGGACCUCAAGUUUUGCAUAUUGUACAAGGAAAAAAUUCUUCGGGCAAUCAGAUUACACUUGUAGACAACUCUCAACAGUCUGUUAUAAGCACACCUAACGCCACCCAAGUCCUGCAUAUCGUACAAAAUAAAAAUGCGACAUCGGGCCAAGCUUCGAAUGGAACCCUAACACCACAAGCUAAUUCAUUUAGUGGUCUAUCCUUGGUCGAUGCCGGUCUUCAACAGGGCGGGAACCAACUUCUUCAUAUUGUCAAUACAGGAAACCAGAAAACUGCCAGCCCUGGCCAAUUACUAAAGCGCGUUAAUCUUCUAACGAAUCUGACUAACGUACAAGGGUCAAAUGAGCAAAAAAUGGUACAAUUCGUUUGCAAGUCUGCGGACGGCAAAGCUAUUCAACUGAACGCACCACACCAGAGAAGUAUGGUUUUAAGACUACAGCCUAUUGAGACCCCCAAUGUUCAGACUCCGCCAGCGAAAUCUGCGGAGUCUCAAGAACUGAAUUCAUCACCAACCGCUACAACUGCAAAUAAAGAAAGCGCUAGCCAACAAGAAAUAAAAUCUCGUUCCAUCUACGAAGAAAAUUAUGCCAAAUUCAUACAGAACUCGUCCAGCAAAACGCCAGGGCUAGAAAAGUCUACCAGCUUGCCAAAAUUUAACCAAGCAUUUGGGAAACCAGUAUUUCAAGAAGGCAGUCAAAAGCAGGGAGAAACUGCCACUAACAAUUCUCAUUUACCUUCCGUAAACAAUAACUCUGAAAAUGCUGAAUGUCCACCGAACGAUAAUGCAAUAAACUUGGAGCACAUGGGUAAUAUUUCAAGUCCGCCCCUGCUCAUUAGGAAACCAGUAGUGACUACUCAAUCGCAAUCUAAUAUCGUGCAACAAAUCAAGCAAACCAUCGCGCCUAUGAAUAUACAAACCAUGCACGGUGGCGUCAUUUACACGCGUCAAAUACCUGUCAAUAUUGGAGGAGGGCAAACAAUCAAUUUAAUAACAGUCCCUAGUACGGAGUUAAUAAAUGAUGACUCUUCAAAGACGCAAUCUCAAAACAAUCAAGGAGACAUUGAGCCUUCUAUUAUUAAGAUUGUCCCUCAAAGCCAAACUUCAACAAACAACGACAGUUCGCAAGAAGAAAAUAACAGCCACGCAAGUGGUUCGAACGAGAACCCUCAGACUCCUCAGCCACAGCCAGUUUUAACCCAAAUGAGAAUAAAACUACCCAUGUUGAGUAAAGCCCCGCAAAUGGUACCCGGAGCUAGAGUCGUCAGGCCAUCGUUUUUCCAAAUCCAAAGAAACGUUAUCGGCGGUGCUAACCAACCGGUAUACCAACAACUGGUGUUGACCGCUGCCCCGCCACUGGGCCAACAAACGAUACGACUACCAUCGCAGGCAAGCCGGCCCGUCAAAGUUCCCUCUGAAAAUCAAUCGUCCUCUUCUGAAUCUCAAAUGAGCUCAUCCACGUUAGAACAGUUGCGAGAAUUCGACAUGGUUUUAGAACAAGUGAAAGAGAGAAGCACAUCGACACCCAGUGGAAACUCAAAUAAUAGCUCUUUUAAAAUACAUGCUUCAUCCGAUACAACUGAUGGAAAUGCCUCUAGCAACUGUUCUACAGAAUCAACCUCACAAGUACUAUACUCUAUCGGAAACAAUCAGGCACUAAACGUGGCUUAUGUCAACAGAAAAUCUACUGUGACGACUCCGACAACGUCAACCUAUGUGCGUUCGCCUGACUCAUCUGGUAUCGCAGAUUCGCCGACAUCUUCGACACACGUUCAAAUAGCUCACACUGUGACCACAGACUCGUCUCCCACGGAAAUGUCUUCUCAGUCGAAACCGGCGAAAGUGGGAGGAAGCUCUAAAUCAAAAUCAAGACCGAAAUCGACCUCAAAUCCACCAAACACACUCAAAUUAAGCUCGUCUGUUCCGCCGAAAACUUCAUCCCAGAAACCUUUGGAAGACGAGCAAACUACUCAAAGAAUUCUGUACAUACUUGCUGAAUACAAAGAACAAGUGGAAAAUUCGCCAGACAAAGAUAAACCUGCGCCCCGUAGGAGGUCUAAUCCGCCAUCGAACCCAGGGUCAUCUAAACGCAAGAAGAGCUCCAGCUCACGUCGAUCGGGAACGAGAGACAUGAGCCCAGUCCACGGUGAAGACACCUGCCGCACGAUGGGCUCGGAAGACAGUAGCUGUGGCACUUCUCAAGGGGACUGCACGGAGAGUUGUCUAGACAGUCAUUCGCCACAAGACAGCCCGCGUAAAGUGGCCCGAAAGAUAACCUUCGAUCAAGAACUGAAUGUGACCCAACCACGGCCGCAGCCUCAGCGAAACGUCAUAGUGGCAGAUGGGCAGACAAUCACCGUAGCACGUGGGACGACUGGGAAACCGGCCACUGCCGUUCUGAUGCCUGCGAACUACAUCUUACCCGUGUCCAUGGUGAAAGGCGGUCAGCAGAUAGCUAUUGUGACCAAUCGAGGUCCGAAGUUAUUGACUGUUGGAGGCGAAGGCGGUGCGACGAACGCCCUGCUGCUCCAGCGGUUGAUAGGGCCGGCGGGUUUGAAGCCUGUGCUAGCCCGUCCGGGGGUCAGGCACGUGAGAUUACCUACGGCUGCCUUACAUAACCUGCAAGCGUUCAACUUGGCGCCAGCGACAACAGUUCAGCCUCCGGACAGCACGGCGUCGCCGACGCCGGGUCCGACGCCUCCGGAACUAGUGGACACGCGUGCCACCAGCUCUCCGUGGACGGACCGGGACGAGGUGAAGCCGGAGCGCAGCUCGAGCCCCGAGGGUUCCGAGCCGUGGAACCUGCCCUCCACCGACGCGCACGAUUACUCCUACGAAGAGACCGUGCGCACUGACAACAUGGAUAGAACCGUACUGGAUCAGAUCCCAGAUCGGUACAGUCCCGAUAUGGAAGCGCAAAGGAUAUUUGAUAAGAUGUUCGACGUAGACUCGAAAAAGUCGUACGCCGACUCGCCGCGUUGCGCGUACGAUAUAGACCCGUCAGAUGACGAUAAGGCCUACCAGGUUGUGCAAAAGAAAGACGGUUCGCAGAGGCAGCACAGGCUUGCCCACGUGUCGGCUGCGGCCCUGAGGCACAAGUACGCUAUACUGGAACACGAAUUGAGACUACAAAAAUCUUUAUCCGAGGAGUGCGAAGACUUGGGCGUAGAUUCCCCCUCCGCGUCAGAACUGUUUCCCGAGGCGGAGCUGCUCUUUGCCAACUCACCAGCUCACGAGCACAACCAAGAACAUCAUUCGCACACUCCUCAACCCCACCAAAGCUCGAUACCCCAACCGGACAUGGACGACCAAAUAGCGACAGACCACCUGAUCCCGCGCGAAAUCGACGUCAGCCUCGGUCUGGGUGAUGUCGGCAUAGUGGCUGUCAGUGAAGACGGAAGUGCCACCAUAGCGUUGGAUCAGGAGGAGUUCGCACGGUCACAUCCUAAUACGACGUUCCAUAGCGAACCCACGGAAGGAGAGGUACAACCCUUCACGAUAACCGGUCUGAAAGGGCGCCACAUAACAUCGACCAUCUUCCACUCCAACAGCGCGCCGGCCACGGUCCUCAUGACCGCGCCGCAGGCCACCGUCAUCUCGCAGGCGCCCGACCACAGCGUCAAGUACGAGAUCGAGAACAUGAUCAACAUGCCCGGCUCGCACAACAACGACAUCAACCUCUCCUCCGUCCUCGUCAAAGACGAUGGUCUCACCAGGUUUGACAGCAUCCUCACAGACUCUAGAGAACUACACCUAACCAACACAGCCUCCGCCAUAGUGCACUCCUCAGGCAACGCCACGCAAGUCAUCAGAAGAGUCUGCUACGAGGACGAUAAAAGAGAAAGAGAUGCUAGGUAUCUCAUAGACGAACCUGAUAAUCUAAUCGCCGGCGACGACGCGAAAAUGAUCGCCGAAGACAGCUCCAGAGACGCGACUCUAGAGUCUAUGGCCGACGUAGACGACGACAGGUCCAGCCCGGAGCGACAUGCUGAAUUAUUCUGGGAGUCGAACUCCGCUUCCGAACGCUCCGAGAGCAGAAGACCUUUAGAUUUCAGCAGCGACAGCGACAAAUGCUGCAAGAGUCCGUCGUUCGACGAGACCAAUUCCACAGAUUCGAGCGGGGUCGGGACUCAUAUGAGGCUCGACUCCGUGAUCAAGGAAGCGCGGACACGCGAGCGGAGCGGCAGCGCCGACGGGUCGUCGGCCGACGACACGCAUCCUCCGCUCCGCACGUACCCGCCCAAGCGCGCGUACCACCCUCUCGAAGGGGAAGCGGAGAGGAGUCUCUCCGGGAAGACGCUGGCCGGCGAGCGCUCGCCGGACCUGGAGGUGCGGCGGCGCGCGUCGGGGCGCGGCGUGGUGAAGCGCGGGUGCCACUGCUGCAACGGCUCGCCCGCGCCGCCGAGACCCAAGAAGCCGCGCCAGAGGAAACCCACGCUCGACUUCAACACCGACAACUGAGACCGCGGCGCGCCGCUCGACUGAUAAGCGAUCUCACUCCCGAGGUUCCGACUCUUGUAGGUGUAUUAUAAACUUAAAGUAUAAUAAACUUGUUGACUCGUUUUGUAUAUAAUUUUUAUAAGCUCCGUUCGCAGCAGAUUCGAUUAGUGAUUUAUUUUGUUGAAGUUUUAGUUUUAAGUUUAAGUGAUGUAUUUCUAGACGUUAGCCGUAUGAUUUUCCGCGAUAUCUUGUCACCGGUCGGUUCGAAUAGGGUAUCUUAUUUUUUAACGGUGAGUACCGAAUGAUUUGUGAGACUUUUGUAUUUGAUUGUUAAAAUUUUCGUCGUGUAAUAUAUCCGUAUACAUAUUGUAUUGAUAUGUACUUGUAUAAAAACGUAUUUCUAGGUGAACUCCAUUUUAGCGUAAGCGUUUCCGAUAGUGAUUACGGGCCAUACUCAUUGUGAAUUUAUUCCUUUACGCGGUAAAUGUGACUUUAAUUUCACUUGUAGUCGUCGAAGUGUUUCGCCUCCAUCCGUACGUCCCGAAUACUGUAUCAUACCGUAGCUUAAGUUGAUUACCAACUUCCAAGGGAAAACUGCACAAAAUGAUUUUUACGUACGUCUGACUGCGAUUUAUUUUUGAGAAUUGAUUUUUCUAAAAAUAAACGAUCGGUGCCAAACCGUAGUCGACCUGCGCUUGCGUUCCGUGGACGCUGUUCAACUGGUUUAACUAGAGAAUGUGUUGAUUUAGAGCCGACACACACUAUCGUCUUUUGAACACUCAGCACUAUGGAAAAUGGCGUUGCUACUGUCGCGCCAACGUUGCAUCGAGCCAUAGUUGAUUAAACGCUGACGCUCAAGAAACGCUAGUGUGAGUAGGCCUUAGUGUGAAUUUGGUAUUCAUAGUAAGUAAAAUGUAAAUAAUAGAUUUUGUCCCCCAAUUUUGUCUCGGGGACCGUCUAGUCACUAUACCGGUAAUAAUAGUAUAAAUGUGUUGGUUAAGGCCAAGAGAGGUCUACCAACGGGCAUCGCGCAUUAUCUACGCUUUUUGUACAUAACGCCCGAGGUUGGCGCGAAGCUGCUCGGGUAACGCAUUGUACAUAAAAGAAUGUGUUAUCGUACGAACAUAAUUAUAUAGUGAAAUGUAAUAAGGCGUCAUUACGCCCGACUCAAUAUAAUAAUCCAUAGUUCAGAAGUUACUUCAGUAGACGUAUACAUAGUGUAUUGGUUAAUGUGAGAUAGUUUCUUAACGUGCCCUAUGGCAAUCAUUUCUCGGAUUUAUGACUAGAGGCACUUUUAAGUCUUUCGAGAAGUUGUCAUCAUUUUUUCUGGGUAUCUGCCAUUUUUAAAAUUAAGGUUCAAAUUUUGUAUAAUCAAAUUGUUAUUGUUCAGUGGGCGACGCUCUACGAUAUUAUCUACGAUUCCAGUAUUCCGUUACGUUUUAUUUCACAUACAUAAGUAGAAGUUUAUAAAAAAUAUUAGAUAUACAAUGAAACUACCUGUGUAUAGGUUUCAUCGUUUAUUUUUUAAAAAUCACCAGAUUGUGUUUUCGUGAAUUUAUGUGAACAUUAUUUUUUAAAAAUGCUAAAGAGAAAAUGAUCAUUAAAACUUAUCUAUUAAAUAA